AUGAUACAAGAUAUGCAACGACAUCGCAAGCCCCGAAUAUGCUACGAAUGUCGAAGACUGGGGCAUAAUGCUCGUUCAUGCCCACACCAAACCCAGAGAAAAGAAUCGAAUAACGAUGAAUACGAAAUAGGAGCAACCAAAGUGGAACAAAAAGUUGAUAGAGGAAAUAAGGAAAAUGAUGAUCAAGGAGUAAGUGAAUUUGUAGAUGUUAGGAGCAUUAAAAUAAUUAAGGAUGAUGAUGAAGGAAAGAAAAAUGAGAUUAUUAAUAA